GUGGCUGUCCCCUCCCCCGCCCCCAACGUCCUCUGGUUUAAGGUCGCUGUCGGCGGAUCCCGAUUGCCGGCUUCGCCAUGUUGUCGCUGAUCGCUCGCUCGGGGCCUUUCGCCCCGUACCUGUCCGCUACCACUAACGUCGUGCCGUCUCAGCUCAAGCCGUUGGUGCUCGGCGUGGUUCGAAAGGCCGAUGCGGUGAUCGUGGAUGUGAAGAGGCCAGUGCUCUGCCGGGAGUCGUUGCAGGGCCAGGCGGCCCGGAGCGGCGCCGUUGUUACCGCCGGCCUCAACGCUGAAUCCAGAGUUCGAUACGCACACAGCGAUAUUAAAGUUCCAGACUUCUCUGAUUAUAGACGACAAGAAGUUCAAGAUGCCAGGAAAUGCUCACAAGAUAGCAGUGAUUUCAGGAGAGGUUUCUCUUACUUCAUAACUGGAACCACAGCUGUUAUGGGAGCCUAUGCUGCAAAGAAUGUUGUUACUCAGUUUAUCACAAGCAUGAGUGCCUCUGCUGAUGUGUUAGCAUUGUCUAAGAUUGAAGUCAAGCUGAAUGAAAUUCCAGAAGGCAAGAACAUGACCUUCAAAUGGAGAGGCAAACCUCUUUUCAUCCGCCACCGUUCACCUAAGGAAAUUGAGGUCGAACAGGCAGUGACCUUGGCUGAGUUGCGACAUCCAGAAUUAGAUUCUGACCGAGUGAAAGAUCCGAAGUGGAUGAUUUUAAUUGGUGUUUGCACUCACCUGGGCUGUGUACCAAUAUCCAAUGCUGGUGAUUAUGGUGGCUACUACUGCCCUUGUCAUGGGUCUCACUAUGAUUCAUCAGGGAGAAUCAGGAAAGGCCCAGCUCCACUUAACUUGGAAGUGCCACCAUAUGAGUUCAUUAACGAAGAUCUUGUAAUUGUCGGUUAAUGUUAUGAACUUUAAUUCGAGUACCUUCCACUUUUACUGGUGUUCUAUCUGCUAUAUUGAACUGAACAUUCUUAGCACCAGCUUGUUAAAGUAGUCUUUGUGAUUUUGAGUGCUUGUUGGGGAAGGGGGUUGAUGUAAAUCAAGUUCAACAUCAAUAAAUAUUGAUUUUGCAUCAUCAA